UAUUGACCAAUCAAAAAUAAGCUUUCAAAUGCGGUAAUUGUCGAUACAUGAUGUUGAGAAUUAGCGGUGUGAUCUACAAAGUCAUUCUUUGAAAAUUACCAAAUUAUUUAACUUAUUUAACAGGACAGUUGUAGCUGUGUCCUGUAUUUUAAUGCUGAAAGCAUGGCUUUGUGCCUUUGAGAAGGACAGAAAGUAAUAACAGAAUGGCCGACAAUUUAGGCAGCUUGUUUGAUUCAGAUCCUGGGUUUCUGGAAGAGUUAGCCAGUGGGACAAACGAGUCAGUCCCAAAUGUACCUCAACAACAACAAAUGGCUGGUAUGAUGUCUCAAAACUCUGGUCAAGUACCACAAGGCAUGAUGCAAGCUGGUCAUCCCCACUCUAACUAUAAUAUAGGUGGAAUGCAGCAACAGCAGCAACAAGGGGCUGGUUACAACAGUAUGCAGUUUCAGCAAACUCAGCAGCAAGCCCCUCAACAGUUUAAUCAACAAAAUUUCAAUCAGUAUAAUAGCCAGCAGACUGUUUAUAAUCCCAAUAUGGUAUCUACACCUAGUCAAAAACAGGGACACAUAAACCCAAAUCCAAUGAUGUCACCAACCCAUACAAAUCAGUUUGGAAGCCCUCCCUCUGGUAUGAUGCGUCAAGGACAGGUGAUGUACCAGUACAAUGCUGCUGCCGCUCAGCCGGGACCGAGACUGCCGAACCCAGCACAACAGCAGCAGAUAAAGAUGGCUCAGAUGCAAGGAUGGAACCAGAACACGCAGAUGUUCAAUCCUCAACAGCAGCAAGCCCAGUCGAAACAACAGCCUCAACAGCAGUACAUACCACAGCACCAGUCUAAGGCUAAUAUACAGGGAAUUAGAAUGCAGGUUCCAUUUUCUGCUGCCCAGCCUGGACAGAAUCAGACAUUGUAUAUGCAGAGAAUGUCCUCGCCUGGUAUACAGGUAAAUAGAAUGUCUACUGUGAAUGCUAGUCAACCAAACUCUAUGGGAAUGUCCCAGCAGAUGUAUUCUCAUGGCAAUCAGAAUUUUAACACUAUGAAUAUGCCACAUGCUAAUACACCGACGAGUAUGUCAAAUGAUCCUAUGAUAAUACAGCAGCCUCAGCAGUAUAUACAUCCACAACAGACCACUCAGCAGUUUCCUCAGCAGCAACAGCAGCAGCAGUAUCAGUAUCAACAGCCGAUGCAACAACAAAGCAUGACAGAUAAUUGCGUAAAUACCCCUCAGCAACAACAGCAGAAUAUAUUAAGAUUUCCACAGACUAGUCCAACCCUGCCAAAUGUUCAGCAACGACUGCCAUUUAAUAGUAUGAACAACAUGAAUACCAUGUCUCAGCCUAGAGCAAAUGUGCCAAUGCUUUCCCCUCGUCCAACCCCACCACCACAGUCUCCUUCCUUGACAUCAGGGAUGCUCUCGCCUACAGGAUCUACCUCAUCGCAUCAAGGUGGCUUCAACUCUAUGGAGCCUUCACCUAAUCACCCACAGUCACAACAGAAUAAUACAAACAUGUUCCAGCCAAGUGCAGAACUUAAUGACAAACAUAAUUUCGGUCAGUUUAAUAAUCAGAACAUGAAUCAGAUACAGUCACAGACUGUAAAUCAGACAAAUGGACCAAAUUCUAACAUGCAUGUGUCUGUUAAUACAAAUACGAACAACUUACAAAAUCAAAGUCAGUGUAGUCCAGUGAAGAAAGUUGUAUCUCCGAGUAGUUCAGUUACCUCCCCUUCGAACACUAGCAUGGAUAUACAGAGUCUAAACCAGCAGAUACAGCAGUUGUAUAGUAUGCCCCAGACACCACAGACUCAGCAGAAGAUCUUAGACUUACAGGAGAAGGUUCAGAUGUUAAAAUCUCAGCAGUUACAGCAAUCUCCAAGACCCAGUCCACAACAACAGCAGUUUCAGUCACCAACUGGUCUACAAGGGAUCUCCCAGCCACUGCCUAGUCCAAAACAGGCACAGUCUACAAUAACUUCCCAAGUCGUGACCUCACUUCCUCAGAUGAGUAGUGGAACCAGCAAUAUACCCGCAAACCAAAUGACUCAGUCUGGUUCCCAGGCUAAUCCUCAGACAGGUACACAGAUUAUUCAGCCUGGGUCCCAGUCUGUCCAGCAAAUAGUACAGAUAGGUCAAAAUGGAUCACAGAUGGUUCAGUCAGGAAUGGCUGGCACUCAAAUAGUUCAUCAAAGACCGCCAGUCGUACAACCGGGUCAGAUGGUACGAUUGGUUCAAGCCGGGCCAGGGAACCAGAAUAGCCAACAGAAGAUUUUCAUUAUACAGCAACAACCUGGUCAGAGAAUGCCUAAUCCAUCACAACAGCAGCAGCCUCAGCAGCCUCUUAUGUCUCAGUCACAGACAGUACAACCCACCCAAGUCCCCACCCUGACCUCUCUACCUCAGCCUGUAUUGAAUGGCAGCACCCAACCCAGUCAACAAAUGUUGAUCAAACCAAGCCAGGCAGGCACUGGCAACACACCAUUGCUUGUACAGGGCAGCAUGCCUAUACAGCCUCAAACAAACAACGAAAAUAGUUCUGAAAACUCUAGUCUGCAGCAGGAGAAGGCUAAUAAAAUAAUUGCAGAAGCAAUAGCUAAAGCUCAGAAAUCUGGUAAUUCAGCCAUCCCUCGAGUUCUCCAACCACCAGAAUUGCCUUCAACUUUAGGUGAUUUAGAUAAUCCUGAGCCGGAGACACCAGAUGGUAAAAAGGCUAAAAAGAAGCGGAAAUAUACCCCACGGAAAGAGAAAGGGGAAAAAGGUGAAAAGACUCCAAGGUCUAAAAAGAAGAAGGCAGAGAAAGUUGAAACUAAUACAAGUGAGUUGAUUCCCUCUGUGGCUGGUGAUAUAACUAUGGAUGGUGAUUCAACUACUGAAGCAAAGACUGACUCUGAUGUCAAAGAAGAAAAAGAGAAGAAGCCAAAGAAAAAGAAAGAAAAGGGUGAGAAGAAACCAUCAGAAAAAACUCCCAGGACAGACAGAAAAAGACCUAAAAAGCCACCAGCAACAUUCUUGAAGAACAAGAAACGAAAGCGACGAGGUUCUUCUGAUGGUUCAGAUGUUGAAAUUAAAGUUACCCCACCUCCUUCACCAGAAAAUGAUGAGUUUAAGAGAAGAUCUGGUCGAAACGUCAAACGAAAAAAGUACAUGGAUGAUGUGGAUCUGAAUCUCUCGGACGAGGACACGCUAGAGGCUCAAACCCUGGAGAACACGGAAGGAGCCGUGGUAAAACCGGUACUGUUUGUGGAAAACCCGGCUGAAGAAGAUGCAGUGAUUGUUGAUAAAAUCCUCGGCUCUAGAAUAAGGAAACCAGAUCCAGAUGAGGAGACGGACAUGGAAGAAUGUGAAGAAUUCUUUGUCAAGUAUAAGAACUUUUCAUAUCUACAUUGUGAGUGGAGGACAGAAGCUGAGAUACGAGACAAAAGAAUACAGGGCAAAAUAAAACGUUACAAGAUGAAGCAGCUUUCCUCCAAUGAUGUAUUUAACAUGGAGGAUGAACUCUUCAAUCCUGAUUAUGUGGAGGUAGAUAGAGUGCUGGAGGAGUCGCACACCAUAGACCCUAACACCCAAGAGGCGGUAACUCAUUAUCUUGUCAAAUGGAGAUCUCUGCCAUAUGAAGACAGUACAUGGGAACUGCAACAAGAUGUGGAUCCUGAGAAGGUGAAACAGUUUAAGAUAUACAGAGAAUUGCCACCAGAAGAUGAAAGAGGGUAUGUUGACAGACCUAAGUCUUCUGAAUGGAAAGCACUGAAGGAAACACACACCUACAAGAAUGGUAAUACUCUGAGAGAAUAUCAAUUAGAGGGUGUUAAUUGGCUUACCUUUAAUUGGCACAAAAAGCAAAACUGUAUAUUAGCAGAUGAAAUGGGUCUUGGAAAAACCAUUCAAAGUAUUACUUUCCUUCAAGAGAUCUUCUCGUAUGGUAUGAGAGGUCCAUUCCUUGUUGUGGCCCCGUUGUCAACAAUUGCUAAUUGGCAGAGAGAGUUUGAGACUUGGACAGAUAUAAAUGCUAUUACAUAUCAUGGAACGUCACCGAGUCGGUACAUGUUACAAGAGUAUGAGAUGUACUAUCGGGACGAGGAAGGCGGAAAGAUUACCGAUUGUUACAAAUUUCACGCCCUUAUCACGACAUAUGAAAUCAUCUUGACUGAUCUGGAGUUGUUACGAUCCAUUGACUGGAGGUGUAUUAUUAUAGAUGAAGCUCAUCGUCUGAAGAACAAAAACUGCAGUCUGAUUAAGGGUCUUAGAAUCUUUGAUUUUGAACAUAAGGUGCUGUUAUCUGGUACUCCACUGCAGAACAAUGUUGAGGAGUUGUUCAGUUUGUUAAACUUUCUUGAACCUAGUCAAUUCUCAUCAUCAGAUGCAUUUCUUGCCGAAUUUGGAAAACUUGAGACUGAAGAGCAAGUGGAUAAACUGAAAGCUAUCCUCAAGCCAAUGAUGUUGAGACGUCUGAAGGAAGAUGUGGAGAAAAAUAUUGCCAGGAAAGAGGAGACAAUUAUUGAGGUCGAGUUAACAAACAUACAGAAGAAGUAUUAUCGUGCAAUAUUGGAGAAGAAUUUCUCGUACCUAUGUAAGGGAGCUAACUCUACAAAUGUCCCUAGUCUUCUAAAUACGAUGAUGGAAUUAAGAAAAUGUUGUAAUCAUCCGUACUUGCUCAAUGGUGCUGAGGAGAAUAUUUUAUCUGAGCUACGAAUGAAGGAGGGCAGAGAGCCGGAACAUAUCCAAGCCCUGGUGCAUGCAUCGGGAAAGUUUGUAUUGCUGGACAAACUGUUGCCGAGACUGAAACAAGGCGGACAUAGAGUUCUCAUCUUCUCUCAGAUGAUCCGAGUGCUAGAUAUCAUUGAAGACUACCUCAUUAAUAAAAAGUACCUAUAUGAGAGAUUAGAUGGGCGUAUCCGAGGAAAUCUCCGUCAAGAGGCCAUUGACAGGUACUCUAAGCCUGAUUCAGACAGGUUCGUUUUCCUCAUCUGUACUAAGGCAGGAGGACUGGGCAUCAAUUUGACCGCUGCCGAUACUGUCAUUAUAUACGACUCUGACUGGAAUCCACAGAACGAUUUACAGGCUCAGGCCCGAUGUCAUCGUAUAGGACAGAGUAAGAUGGUACAGGUAUAUAGAUUAAUCACGCGUAACUCGUAUGAGAGAGAGAUGUUUAACAGAGCCAGUAUGAAACUUGGUCUAGACAAAGCUGUCCUGCAGUCAAUGGGUGGCGAGAAACUCAGCCCUCAACAAGCAUUGACAAAGCGUGAGAUUGAGGAUUUGUUACGUAAAGGAGCCUAUGGUGCUUUAAUGGACGACGACAGCGCAGGUGACAAGUUCUGUGAGGAAGAUAUCGAGCAGAUUUUGAAAGGCAGAACUCAAGUUAUACAGAUAGAAAGUGAAGGAAAAGGCUCUACUUUCUCAAAGGCAAGUUUCUCAGUGACAUCGAAUAGAGAUGAUAUUGAUAUCAAUGACCCUGAAUUCUGGCAGAAAUGGGCGAAGAAAGCUGAUGUUGAUACAGAAAUGCUUGAUACUCGAGAGUUAAUUGUUGACGAGCCUCGUGUACGUAAGCGAACAGCUCGCUAUGGUAACAAUGACAGCUUAGCCAACAUGUCAGAUCUCGGCUCUGAAAGUGACUCAGAUGAGGACGGUAGUAAUAAAGGUAAGAAAGGUCGACGAGGAAGAAGAGGGGAUGAUGAUGAAGACUUUGAGAAGGAACGGCACCGUGCCAAACCUGCCGGUACCGGGUAUGGUCGAUCGGAACUGUUCAAAGUUGAGAAAGGAUUGUUGCAUUAUGGUUGGGGUAGAUGGUCGGAUAUUUUGGCUCAUUCAAGAUUUAAGCGACCAAUGGAGGAGAAGGAUGUGGAGAAUGUUGCCAAGGCGAUUUUGCUUUAUGGACUACAGUAUUACAAAGGAGAUGAAAGAAUCAAAGAAUUCAUAUCUGAUCUCAUAUCACAGGAAAAAGAGGGUGGACUUAAAAACCAUUCAGGAUUAUCUGCCCCUGUACCACGAGGAAGGAAAGGAAAGAAAGCUCGGGAUCAGGAGGUACAUUUUGAUGCUAAUGAGGAGAUAGAAAAGGCAGGGAUCAAAAUGGACAGAGAUAUUGUUUACAAUAAAAAUGCCUAUAAAAGACAUAUACAUAGACAUUCCAAUAAGGUAUUACUGAGGGUUCGAACUUUGUUUUACCUGAAGCAUGAAGUAUUGGGUGAUGCUGUGGACCAGAUUGAUCAGGGAAAACAUGUCAGGGAUAUAUCAUUAUCGGCACCUAUUGCCGACAGUGAACCGCCGGCAUUCUGGUGGGACGAACUUUCUGACAAGUCUCUUCUUGUUGGAGUAUACAAGCACGGGUAUGAGAAGUAUAACUUGAUGAGACAGGAUCCCAUGCUGGUCUUCCUCGAGAGAUGUGGACCCCCUGACAAUGCUGCCCUUGCGGCAGAAAUGAAAGAUGAUGACGAUAAUGAUGUUGAUGACAUGGAUGAGUCGAGUAUAUUGAAAGAUGAUGAGGACGAUGAAUCUCUAUUGUGCGCUUCUGACGCAGCUUCCACGCCGAAACGUAUGACACCUGCGACGGUGGCUAAAGACGGUCAGGAGACAGAAGAUGGAAAAUUACCUUUCCCAACUGUAUCCGAGAUGAACACUCGUUUGAGACGUAUAAUUACCUCAUAUCAGAGAGACUUCAAGAAACAACAGCUGAAGAAAGAGCAACAAGCUAAGAAAAUGGAAAAGAGAGAGAAGCUGGAUGCAGUCUUCCGAGAAAGAGAAGCAAGGAGACGACAGACUCAGAUGAAGUGGACACGUAGAGAGGAGACAGAUUUCUACAGAAUUGUCUCGACGUACGGCAUCGAGUUUGAUCGUCACAAGGGUCGUUAUAUCUGGGACAAGUUCCGAAUUAUGGCUCGCCUGGAUAAGAAGACUGACGAGCAGCUUACUGAAUAUUUCAUAUCAUUUUAUCAUAUGUGUCUCCGAGUGUGCCGUAAAAUCAAAGAAGAAGCAUAUCCCCCAACUCCUGUUUACAUUGAACCAAUCACUGAAGAGCGUGCCAAUAGGUGUAUAGCUCGUAUAGACUUGCUGAGCAAGAUCCGUGAGGAAAUCAUCGUUCAUCCAAAGAUGGACCAACGAAUCAAGUUGUGCCAGAAGUCCCUUGAUCUCCCGUCAUGGUGGAAAAACGGCAAACAUGACAGAGAACUUCUUGUUGGUGCUGCAAAACAUGGUCUUGCUAGAACAGACUAUUAUAUCAUGAAUGAUGAGAAGCUGACAUUCCUUGAUACCAUUAAAUCAUUUAUCAAGACACAUUCCAACUCUCCCGUAGACUUCAAACUCUUUGGUAAAGAUCUCAAUGAUAAAGAUACCAAGGUUGUUAAAGAUGAAAAGGUAAAGGACAAAGAUGAAAAAGAAAAGACUGAGGAGAAAAAUGAAGAAAAAGAUGAAAAAGUUAAAGAGGAAGAAGUGACUUGUGAUAGUGCUGAUGUUGAUGCUAAGAAAGAUGCCAAAGAACCAAGUAAAAAAUCUAGUCCGAAAAAAGAUAACAAAAGUGCUAAAUCAUCUGAGAAAGGCGACGAAUAUGAUUCUGACACUGACACAGAAACUGGUGCUGAUGUUGAUGAUAUGGAGAAGAAAUCUGACAAAGUGAAAACUGAAGAAAAUGAGGAUGAAGAAAAUAUGGAUGUAAGUGAAGAAAAGGAAGAUAAAAAUGAGGAAAAAGACAAAAAUGAGGAAAAAGAGGAUGACGUUGAAGAAAAGGUUGAUAAAAGUGAAAAUGUGAAAGUUAAAAAGGAAGAUAGUGAAUCUGCUGAUGCAAUAAAGGCUGAGGAUGUAAAAACCGAGAAAGUUAAGGCAGAAUCAUCUGAAGUAAAGAAAGAAGUGAAAGAUGAAACUCCUGAUGUAAAAGAUGACCCUGAUGAGGAGGUGAGACAAACUUUAGAAGGGGAGGAGUCCCAGUCUGAUCUACUAAAUAGUGUAUCACAGACCCUGCUGGCUCAAUGGCCAAAGGAUCGUAUAGUAUUCCAUAGACUGGAGCAGAUCUGUUAUUGUGUGGAGACAGGUGACUGGCCAUUCCCACCGAAGAUGAAGAAUGUACAUAUCCUUGGUAUAGACUCGAGCAGUAACACACCCACCAGGUCUCUGACCCCACACACCCCCAAACUGGAAGAGGAGAGUAAAGACAAUACUGCCAGUGAUAAACCUGCCAAGAAGGAGAAAGAUUUUGAAGUACAAAUGGCAGAGGGUGAAGGUCUCAAGAUGACAUUCCAUAAGAAAGCUGAGAAGAACAAGAGGUCAAUAGAUGCUUUAGAAGCAGAGAAAGCGGCAAGAAUCCAGGCCAUUCUAGCACAGAGCAUAGCAGCAUCACAGGCGUCGAGUGACGACAGCCAGCAAGAUUCUAUCUUAUCAUCUACGUCUCAGGUAUCAUGGCCGCCCCCAUGGCUGCCUUCCCCUCCUCAAUUCCAAAUGAUGGUGCCGCCCCCUCAGGGAGGUGCUGAGAGUCCAUUCCUCAAUGGUAGCCACAUGUCAGAGGAGGAACUCCUGAUGAACAGACAUCUUCUAGAACAAGGGCUCUUGUUCCCAAGACAGGGUCGUCGUGGUCGCAAGAGAAAGGAAGAAAAAAUGGCCGAGAUCGCCAUGGCUGAAGCUUUAGCUAGAAGACAGACUGCAAGAGCUUUAGCCACACUAGAAUCUGAUUCUCGUGUUCCGGUGAUCAACCUCGAGGACGGAAGUAGAUUGUCGGGAGACGAGGCUCCACUGAAAAAGAAUCUGGAGACCUGGCUAGAGAAACAUCCUGGUUAUAUGGUAGACAGUCGAGUAGAGGAGCUGGAAGAGGGAGAAAUUGUAUCUGACUACCCAGAGAGAAGGAAAGGACGUAAACCAAAGUUUGAUCCGGCCUUCCUAGAGGUGGAUAAACUUACAGGGGAGGAGAAUGUAUCGGUGAUUAAUCGGCUGACUGGUAAAAAGAUAACCGGAGCAAAAGCACCUCCAUUAAGAUACCUGGCCGAGUGGUUGGAACAAAACCCGAUGUGGGAUGUUGAUCCAAAGUGGUCGGACCUAGUCAGAGCAAAGGGUUCAUUACCAAAGACCUUACUGCCAAGAAUAGUGACACCUUCAAGACGCGGCCGAAAACCACGAGACAGUCCAUUGUCACAUCCUAUGCUUGGAACCAGUGAUCCUCACCAAGCUGCGGCCAUUGCUGCCUCCAUGGAAGCCAUGAAUGCUGCCCAGCUUAUGGCAGCAGGCUUCGGGAAACUACCUCUUCCAUUUGGUUCAAUACCAGGUCUAGGACUUAAUCCUAUGCUCGGACUUCAGGGUUUCGGUUUUCCGGGUUUGUCUGGCUCCCCAGUUCAUGAAAAGUCUGAAUCUAAACAUAAGGACUCUAAAGGAUCGAAAGAAGAUGGUGAAAAGUCAAAGGAGGAUGAAAAGAGUUCAAGUCCACACCCAUCUUUCCCUCUCAUGUACAAUCCUUUAUUGUUUAAUCCUGCGUUGUUAGCUGCUCAAGGAAUGGCAAACUUUUCUUUGCCAACUAGUCUGGCUGGUAUGGAAUCAAGUCUUAUCAACGGUCACACUCCGUCGUCUAAAGAGGAGACUGCUAGUAGCAGUAGUGGAAGUAGUAGAAAAUCUCGUCAUCUGUCCGAAUAUUCUGAACAAAAUGUCGUUGAAGAUCUCAGUGUUAAGAGUAAAUCGAAACCAUCUAAACCAGUUGUAGAAAAUACAAUCGCAGCUCACAGUAGUGGGAUAUCUAAAAAAUUUGACAAAACUGUAGAUAAUGAUGAUAUGCCUUGUGACCUGUCCAUGAAGCCGAAGGCAAAAGAGGAAAAGUCCAAACAAAAGAUCUGCAGUUCAGAUAAACUGAGUAGAAUUGUUGAUACUUUGAAAUUCAGAGUGAACAAAAUGGACGAAAAGCCACAGAAAAGUGAAAGUGAUAAAGAUAGUAAAAGACACAGUAUAGAUGCUGUAUUGAAUCUGUCAGAUAAAAGUAGUGCUAAAGAACAAUCGGAGAGUGGUUCUUCUAGAAAAGACUCCUUGAAUUCACUUUCCUUGAAACAUUCAACCUCAUCAUCGAAAUCAUCGUCAUCAUCAAAGUCGUCAUCAUCAUCAUCAAACCAUUCUAAAGAACCAGUACCAAAAAUUGUCCAAGAACUGUUGGCGGCCAAAGAACAACGCGAGAGGGAAGAGUUGAUGGUUGCUAAGCAGCAGAAGUUAGAUGCUAUCGCAGCAAAGCAACAGAGAUUGCUAGAGGCUGCAGCGAUCAAGUCGAAGUCAUUGUCGAGUUCUCAGGGAUCGGAAGUCGGUGGUGGGUCGGACAAAGAUACUGAAAAUGACAGUGAAAAAUCUUAGCGAGUGUAAUCAGUCAUCCCCAUGACAUUUAGACAUUAUUCAUAACAUGAACUGUGGUUGUGAAGUGUGAAAAUUAUACUGGAGUAUUUGAAUUAUAUAC